CCUGGUGGAUCGGCCAGAGGGACUGCUGGCUGGGUCUACGGGUGUUCCGAGUCGCUUCCGGAAGCGACCGAAUUCUAAGUCGGGCUACCAAUGUGGCAACGGAAAAAGGCGAAGCAAUAUGGCAACCAUUUUCAUUAAGGGAGGGGAGACUUUAAACUUAAUUCCGGAAUGCGACGGCAGGAAACCUCCAGAUCAGUCACUGUGCCGUUUUUACAGUUGACGGACUGUUUGGAGCCGCUCAAUACGAUUGUUUUAGAGGUUCAUCAUAAAAAAAAUUGGGUAUCCUGCGUAGGGAUGGAAUGUGGUGAAGCCCGCAGCGGACAUCUUUAUUGAUGGUCGUCAUAAGCCACGUGACAGCGUCCUGACUCCAGUCUGUUGGUUGCCCCAACGAGCACGCGCUGCCGGACUGGCCAAUCGUCUUGGCGACUCCCUUCGCCAUCUUAAUAUAGGGCAUUCUAGACAGCGGCAGGCUCUAGUGAAGUUUCUAGCUACCUUCUUGGUUGAGGGCGGAAGCGAGGGCCGUGUCGCGUCGGCGGCGCCAACAGAUUCUGCCACACGUACGUGGGAGCGGCGCCCAGGAUGCUGCGCCGCGAGGCCCGCCUGCGCCGCGAGUACCUGUACCGCAAGGCCCGCGAGGAGGCGCAGCGGUCCGCCCAGGAGAGGAAAGAGAAGGUCCGGCGCGCGCUCGAAGAAAACCGCCUGAUUCCCACUGAGUUACGCCGGGAGGCUUUGGCUUUACAGGGAUCCGUGGAGUUCGAUGACGCCGGGGGCGAAGGUGUGACCAGCCAUGUGGAUGACGAGUAUCGAUGGGCAGGGGUCGAAGAUCCCAAGGUCAUGAUCACUACGUCUCGAGACCCCAGUUCCCGCCUCAAGAUGUUUGCAAAGGAGCUGAAGCUGGUCUUCCCAGGCGCCCAGCGCAUGAACCGAGGCCGGCACGAGGUGGGGGCACUGGUGCGAGCCUGCAAAGCCAAUGGGGUCACUGACCUGCUGGUCAUCCAUGAACAUCGAGGCACACCUGUGGGGCUCAUUGUCAGCCACUUGCCGUUUGGCCCUACUGCCUACUUCACACUGUGCAACGUGGUCAUGCGACACGACAUCCCGAACCUUGGCACCAUAUCGGAGGCUAAGCCCCACCUCAUCACACAUGGCUUCUCCUCCCGCCUGGGCAAGCGGGUUUCUGACAUCCUCCGUUACCUGUUCCCUGUGCCCAAAGAUGACAGCCACCGUGUCAUCACUUUUGCAAACCAGGAUGACUACAUUUCAUUCCGGCACCAUGUCUACAAGAAGAUAGACCGCCGCAACGUGGAGCUGACCGAGGUUGGGCCCCGCUUUGAGCUGAAGCUGUACAUGAUCCGGCUAGGAACGCUGGAGCAGGAGGCCACAGCGGACGUGGAGUGGCGCUGGCACCCCUAUACCAACACCGCACGCAAGAGGGUCUUCCUUAGUGCCGAGUGAGGACACAGACGGGGAGUUCACAGACACACCCACCAAGCCUGAGUGUGGGACCAAGGGGCGGGGGGGCUCUGAAUAAACCCUCUGUCACACCCUA